AUGCAGGCGAGGGGCCCGAAGAAGCGGCCGCGCAUGUGCGGCACGCCGGGCUGCGUGCUCGAGGACAACCACCUCGGCCCGCACUCCUCCGACUUUCGCUGCCCUCCGGGCAAAGGGUCUGGCGCUUUCCUCCCCGGUUCGCCGCCGCUUCCGCCCACCGACACCGCACGGGUCUCGUACGAUGCCCUCGUCGGCACCUGGUGCAGCAACGAGGACCCGCCGAGGUACUGGUGCCCGGGCGACGAGGCCGCCGGCGCGUGGCGACCGUCCCCGCCGCCGGAGCCGGAGGUGGAGUGCACCGUCUCAAAGGGCCGCGCGCUUGUCGCCGCGCCAAAAGUGCGCGGCACGCAGGGGCGCGGGCCGGAGCGGUUCGUGGCGGAGCCCGCCCCCCCGCCGGCCGUGCUGCACGCGGCCGCCCGGGCGGACGACGAGCCGGCCGGCGAUCGACUCGGCGAGGGCGUCGUCAGCGAGACGGCGCUCCUGCGCGCCAUGCUGUCCGAGCCGCGGCUCGGGCCGGCUGCGGAGGCGAGGGUGGGGGCGAGGGCGCUGGUUUACUUUUCGGACGCGCGGCGCUGGUACAAGGGGCGGGCGAGCCGUCCUUCACGGUGCUCUUUGACGACGGCGACGCGGACACGGCGGCGCGCUCUCUCUCUGAGGACGACGUACCACGUGACGCGGCUGUGGGUUGCUGAGACACGUAUAGGCGACGAGGACAAGUCGGUCCCUCUCAGCGAGUUGCACCACGUGCUGGCGGGCGAGGCGGGCGAGGCGGGCGGGGCGGGCGGGGCGGGCGGGGCUGGCGGGGCGGAGGCGGGGGCGGAGGUGGGGGCGGAGGUGUACCAGCACGGCGACAGUGGCCGUUUCGAGGCGCAGCGCACGGUGGACGGAAAGACGCACUCCCUCGGCUCCUUCGGGUCGGCGGUCGACGCGGCGGUGGCGUACGCGGCGGCGAGGGAGGAGGAGGGCGAGGGGGGUGUGGAGCCGGCCGAAGGGCUUCGGAUCCACUUUUCUAGCCGCAGCAGCACCGGCUACCGGGGCGUGUACCGGCAAGAAGGUCGGUUUAUCGCGCAGCACGGGCGGGGCGGGAAGAAGAACUACCUCGGCGCCUUCGACACGGCGGUGGAGGCGGCGGUGGCGUACGCGCGCGCGGUCGCCCAGCGCGAGGGCGGCGGCGAGGACGGCGGCGAGGGGGACGGCGAGGGCGGCGCGACGGUCGACAAGAAGCUGUGGGAGGGCGCCUUCCUGGCCGGCUGGCGCCUGCGCGCGAGCAGCGAGGCGGGCCGGAUCGCGGGCCAUUGGAGGUACGUCUCGCCCGACGGGGUCGUCGCGGAGACGCGUGCGGCGGCGCUGCGGCAGCACCAGGAGGCUCGGUACGCGCGCGCGGGAGGCGCCGCGAGGGCGCCAUCCCCGCCGCACGAGGCGCCGGUGGCGGAGGCGGAGGGGCUGCGGCUGCACCUCUCGAGCAGGACACCCACCGGCUACAAGGGCGUCUCCUGGACGGGGUCAACGUACCGCGUCGACGCGCACCACGGGCAGGGCGGGAAGAAGGUCUACCUCGGCACCUUCGACACGGCGGUGGAGGCGGCGGUGGCGUACGCGCGCGCGUGCCCCUCCACCUCUCCGCCAGGGCCGGCGCCGUCCGCCCGAGCGGCGGCGCACCAGGCUCCGGCGGUGGCGAAGCAGGCGGCCGGGCUGCGGCUGCACAUGUCCCCGGGCAGUUCCACCGGGUACAUGGGCGUCUUCGAGGCGACGUCCGGCCGCUACAAGGUCCUGCGGAAGCUGGGCGAGCGCGGGAGCAAGGUGCUCACCUACCUCGGCACCUUCGACUCGCCGGUGGAGGCGGCGGUGGCCUUUGCGAGGGCGGGCGGGGGCGAGGAGGCGCCGUCGUCCGACGAGGAGGGCGAGCAGGCCGCCACCUCCGGGCCAAAGAGCGAGCCAAGGAAGCGGCGCGUCCGGAGGAGCACGCCGCGAUGCAUCCGAGACUGCCUCUCGCGCGAGGCCAGCGCCCCGCAGCCGCUCUUUCGGACUGUCACAGUCAACGACCCCUCCGCCCGCGCGAGCAAGCAGCCCCGCCACAACGGCGCCUUCUCCUCCGGCGGCGGAGGCAUCCCGACCGCGUACGCGCUCACCGCGGCCGGCGAGGCGCUGCGCGCGGCCAUGGACCGGGCCGAGGAGGAGGCGGAGGCGGCCGAGGCGGCCGAGGCGGCCGAGGUGGCGGCGAGGGCGAAGCGGGCGAGGCUAGAGUCGGGCUGGGUGGCGACGGACCUUCGGCUGUGGGAAGGCGCCUAUGCCGCCGGCUGGCGCGUCAUCGAGUCGCACGGCCGCUGCACGUACUUCUCGCCCGCAGGCGAGGAGCACGGCACGCUCGCCGCAGCGCUCGAGUUCCGGCGCGCCUCCGCCGCGGGGGAGCAGCAGGGCGCUGCGUUCGGCUGGCAGCGCGGCUACUCGCAAGAAGGCGAGCCGUACUACUACCACGCCGCGAGCCAGGCGACGCAGUGGGAGGCGCCGGCAGGGUGGAGGGAGGACUUGGCGGAGGCGGGCGAGCGCGCCAGGGCCCACCAGGCCAGCCUAAGCGAGGAGGCCAGCCUAAGCGAGGAGGCCAGCCUAAGCGAGGAGGCCAGCCUAAGCGAGGAGGCCAGCCUAAGCGAGGAGGUCGAGCCCGAGCUUGCCCGGGCGGUCUACGCCUUCGCCGGCGCGGGCAGCGGCGAGCUCAGCCUCGACGCCGGCGACGUGGUGCUCGUGUCGGGCAAGGAGGAGGACGGCUGGUGGACGGGCGCCAAGCAGAGCGAGCCAGGGCGCGUGGGCCUCUUCCCCGGGUCGUACGUCGAGGCGGAGGCGGGCGAGCCGGAGGUGGGCGAGGCGGAAGCCAGCGCCGCUUCAGGGCAGCCUCAACAAUACGACGUCAGCAGUCUGUCGGCAGAGGUCGCGCUCUGGCGCCACGACCUCGGCCGGCCGCCACUCGAGAGCUGCGCGGCGCAGGAGCCGCCGCCGACGGUGCUGCCGACCGGGGCUGAAGGGGUGCUGGCGGCGGCGGCGAAGGCGGCGGCGGCAGCGGCAGCGGCGGCGGCGGCGGCGGCGCCGGUGCAGCCCGCAGCGCCUGCGAGUCCAUCGUCCCCAAGCGAGGUCCCUGCCCAGAGCAGCCCUGCGCGGCUGCACGCGAAGGGCGUAGCAGAGGGCCGAGACGUCGAGGCGCGGCCGCCGUCCGAGCCUUCCGCCCGAACCGGCGCCCCGGCCGCCCUUGCAACGACAACCGCCCUCGCCUCGCCGGGCGCCCUCGCAACGGCCCUCGCCACCGCAACAGUCACCACCGCAACGGUCACCACGGCCGCCGCCGUCGCCGCUCCCUCCGCCCGCGCCGGUGCGGGCCUCGCCACCUCGGCCAUCCUUGCGGACUCCCUUGUACCUUCUCGAGGCGGCGCCGACGGCAGCCCUAGCGAUGGUGGCGCUCCGGGCGGCGACGCCAUCGGCGACGCUGGCUCCGGCACAGCGGGAGCGGAGGCUGCCCUUGCCUCCGCGUACGGGGCAUCCAAGGAGUGCGCCGCCGUCAGCCGCGAGCUGCCGCCGCUCGCCGACAACGCGGCGGCGGAGGAGCGCGCGUCGCUGCUCAGCAGGCUGCGCCGCUUCUACAGCGUGCACAAGCCGAGCAAGCUGAGCGAGACGGGUGCGGGAUCGCUCGAGGCGGUCGCGGCCUUCUACGAGGGCCGCGAGGGCGAGCUGGACGCAAUCCUUGUGGGGAAGUACCAGGUGGGGUUUUCGUCGGUCGGAGGGGCAGCGGAGGCGGCGGCGGCGGGCGGCGCGUAA